AUGUUUCCAUGGAUGCGUGGACAAAUACUGGAAGCCUGGAGUAGCAGACGGAGCUCUCGAGAAGCCGGGAGGCGCUCCUCGGCUCUCUCUUCUGCGGACCCAGGAAAUCCCUCUAGAAAUUCAGGUGUUACAAUGCUUGUGUCACCACAGUCAAUCCCUGAGAGUUUCUCAGUUAACAUUAUCAGUUUGGAGGGCCAUGUGUUUGGCAUCAACAUCAAGCCAGACUUUACCAUAGAAAAAAUUAAAGCAGCCGCAACUAAACACUUUUAUGGACAAGACACAGCAAAGCCUUCAUCAUGCUUUAGAUUAGUUCAUGCAACAAAACUAAAGUCGUUAUCUGAUGAAAAAAAAGCAGAGGAAGAGGGCAUUGAAAAGUUUGAUGAGUUGCUGAUGGUGGAGAUCCAUCCAGUUAUAAUAAAAGAAAAUCUAACAGAAGAGAUUCUAAAAGGACCCAGUGAGGAGGUGAUAGCUCGAAUCACGGCAGGACUUCCAAUUAAAAACCCAUCACGACCUGCGCCCAGUGCCGAUUGCCCAGCUGAUUUUCAGAAUGAAAUAAGAAAGAUUCUCAUCACACUGGUCCAAACUUCUGCAAAGAUUUUAAAUCAUAGUCCUGAAGCAGCUAAAAUUUAUGAAGUAAUUAGGGAAAGAUGGGAGGCCAGAUGCAAACCGCCAAAUGAUCCCAAGUCUGUUAAAUAUCUCAUGGAUAUGGGCUUCUCGGAGAAGAAAGUAUUGAAAGCUCUACGGCUCAGGAAGAUGAAUACUUCUGAAGCACUUGAGUGGCUCAUAGAGCAUGGAGAUGAUCCAGAUGAAGAAGAUUUUGAGUUACCAUCGUUAGACGCGAGUCUAGAUGUGGAUACAGGAGGACCUAGUUCCUCAGGAACUUCGGGCAGAAGGAGAAGUCUCAAGGAAGCAUGUGUCGAUUUAUUCAAAGGAGGUAGUCAGAGUUCCAAGAGAGAGCCAAACUUGAUUAACGUCGUCGCUCUGCUGUUAGAGUCUUUUCGUCAGUUCAAAAAACUCGAUUUCAAACCAAACACGAGGGUGAUAUCCUCACUUCAAGAGAUGGGGUUUGAGGAGAAGAAAAUCAUAGAAGCACUGAAAGUCACUGGAAAUAAUCAACCAAAUGCAUGCGAAUGGCUCUUAGGUGAGAGACGCCCUAGCUUAGAAGAUUUGGACGAAGGCCUGGACCCUGACGGGCCAAUUUAUAAAGCAAUUAUGUCAAACCCUCACAUACAACUCAGUCUCACCAGUCCAAAAAUGUUACUAGCAUACUUAUCGAUGCUGGAGAGUCCAAUGUCAGCGAAUAUCUGGAUAAAUGACCCAGAAGCUUCACCAGUGUUGAGCCAAAUUUUCAAAACCUACCAUGCGGAAAAACAUGCUAUUCACAUGAAUCGUUUUGUUGAGAGCUAACAGUAGCAGAGUAUAGAAACUGUUUCAGAAUCACAGAAAAAAAAUGAAAAAAAAAAAAGAAUUAUAAUGCCUAGUACAAAUUUAAAAAAUUUUAAAUAUAAUUCAUGAUACGUUGAAGAUAAGUUACUGUUAUUAACUGCCUGGCAUGUUAAAGUUCAUUCUAGUCAAUAUUAAAACAAAAUAUAAAUUAUCGUUAAAGUAUUUAUGCUAUUCGUUCGUUACUUACUCAGUAGCAAAUAGUGAUAUGUAAUAGUAAAAAAGGUACUAUCAUUGUGAGGAAAGUAUAUAAAGUGCUUGAUAUUUAUUCCUAACGAUAUUUAACGAAUUUUACAUGUAAUAAUUGCUACUAUUACGCAUAUGAAAUGGUAUACAAACUAUUAUGUAUACUCGCGUACACCAACAAAUAUAUUUUUAUAUUAAAAUGGGCCUUCAAGAUCUAGUUUAUAUACCUAUUUCAAUUCAAAAUGGCAUGCAUAAUUUUAAACUAUUUUUUUCGAGCGAAGUUCAAUGUCGAAAGAAAACUUUGUUAAACGCUGAAGCAAAUAAACUCUGUCUGAAAUCAUUA